CCCCAACUCCUCAUCUCACCUCUUCAUCCUUUAAGAUGCGUCCGCGAGUCACCAUGAGAGGCAGGCGUAUUCUUGCCCUUGGGGUCCUCGGUGCCCUAUGCUGCUCGCUCGUGCGAGCAACCAUGAGCGAGCAAGCCGUCUGGGGUUUCUACAAUCCCUCGGAUGUACCUUCAGAUCCCUUCUCUUCUCGCCUCGUAGACAAGAGACCUUCAAGCUGCCCACCCUGCCCCGAGCCUAGCUGCUUCAAUUGCAAGCUUCCCAAAUUCAAUUGCGCUCAAUUUGGAGAUUGCAGAGACUAUGAUGGUCAGUGCACAUGUCCUGUAGGCUUUGGAGGACAAGAUUGCUUGAGCCCCCUCUGCGGAUCUCCAAUCGAUGGCGAUAGACGCUUCCCAAAGGAUGAAGAGGACAAGAAUGGAAAGAUGUGCGAAUGCGCACCUGGAUUUUUUGGUCUGAACUGCAAUGUAUGCGUUCCUCCGCCCGGCGACGCAAAUCUGACCCUGCCGGCGAGUAGCGUCAAUCCUUGCGCCGAGUUCAAAUUAGGGGGCGAAAGGUUGGGCGAGAAUGCCACUUGCUACACGGGCGGCAGCACCAUCAACCAGAGCUUUCAGGAAUGCGCAGUGACGAACAAGAAGAUCACCGACAUGCUGCCCGGUAGACCGCCCAGGGUGACGUUUAGCUGCCAGCGCAGAGAAGAGGACAGGGAUGUGGAGGAUUGCAAUUUCCAGUUCUGGAUCGGACCUAAGGAAUCCUUCUUUUGCGGCUUGGAAGACUGCACAGAGACGCUAGACCGAUCGCCCGCCAGCAACAAUACUCGCCACGAGUGCAAAAAGGCUCGAUGCGAGUGCAUACCUGGACGCAUGCUGUGCGGAGAAAGCGGUAGCGUGGACAUUGGCGACUUUUUGCAGGAAGAGAUCAAGGGACCUGCUAGCAUGACGUGCAGGAGCGGAAGGGAAGGGAAGCGGAUCUGUACGUUCGAGGAGCCGGGAAUGAGCCAACUCAUAUCGGACGUAUUCGGAGACUCUGCCAUUUUCCUCUCGUGCGACUCUGGAGAGUGCGUGCACUACAGUCAAGUACCAGGCUACGCCACUCCGCUACCUGAUGCUCCACCAGUAUUCUGGGUGGCUUUCAGCGCAGCGGCUGCCAUCGUCCUUGUCAUCAGCUUCUCCAUUGCGCUUUGGUUCCUUGGCAGGCACUACAAGCAUGAAGAAUCUCAAGUUAGGUUGCCGGAGGACGAGAUGGACAGACUGUUGAAGGAGCACGUGCCUGCCGCACUUCACUUUGAGAACGUGGGAUACAGCAUCAGCGAGAGAACAGUCUUGGAUGGGAUCACGGGCUGCGUCAAACCGGGCCAAGUCAUGGCUAUUGUCGGCGCUUCAGGCGCCGGCAAGUCUACUUUCCUUGACAUUCUUGCAGAUCGCAACAAACGUGGAGCGACUCAUGGCGACGUGCUCGUCAAUGGUCGCCGGAUCAGCAGUGCGGACUACAAGCGCGUCGUUGGUUUUGUCGAUCAAGAAGACUGUCUUAUGCCAACCUUGACCGUCUACGAGACCGUCCUGUACUCUGCUCUGCUGAGGCUGCCACGCGAAAUGUCGCUCGAAGCCAAGCGAUUCCGAACGCUUGAGACAAUAUCUGAGCUGGGACUCUUAGGUGUCAAGGACUCGCGCGUGGGCUCGGCUGGUCAUCGCAGCAUCAGCGGAGGAGAAAAGAGAAGAGUGUCGAUAGCGUGCGAAUUGGUCACUAGUCCAAGCAUCCUCUUUUGCGACGAGCCAACUUCUGGGCUGGACUCUUUCAAUGCUUUCAACGUCGUCGAGAGUCUCGUGACGCUAGCCCGCAACUACAACAGGACGGUCGUCUUUACCAUUCAUCAACCAAGGUCCAACAUUGUCGCCCUCUUCGACCAGCUCGUCCUGCUCGCCAAGGGGAAGAUGGUGUACUCCGGCCCGCUGUCGGCAUGCGCGCCUUACUUUGAGGGUAUUGGACACGGAUGUCCGACUGGCUUCAACCUCGGCGACCACCUCGUCGACUUGACGGCCGAGGCGAGCCUUUCAGAGAAGCCCAGCCAACAGGCAAGCACAAGCGUUUCUCGACCUCUGUCGAGCGCGGGGCUAUCUGACGUGCGUGCGGGUGAUUUUGCAGAUGAGGAAGCUGCUGCUGGUUCCAGCACCGAGCUGCGCACCAGACCAGGCUCCACCGUCGACCCGUCCAACGGUAAGCAGUCCCUCAGACACAAGACCAGCAAGCUGGCAGCUGGGGUCCGCAACGCUCUUGGUUCGCGUCCAUUGGCAACAGCACAGAUCACGCCUCGCUUGGCGGCAUUAGUGGAUACGUAUGCGAAGAGCAGCGUGUCUGAAGAGCUUCAAAAGGAGAUCAGAUCGUUUGAGAACGAGGCUGGCUCGGCUUCAUUGCCAGAUGUCAGCGAUCCAGAGAGAUCAUUGCAGGGAUACGAGAAAGCUAGCCUGUGGACUCAGCUCGUCAUUCUGAGCGGAAGGGCUUUCAAGAAUUUGUAUCGCAACCCCAUGCUUAUGGCUGCGCACUACACCAUGAGCUUGGUUCUAGCCGUACUGAGCGGCUUGCUAUACGCCAAUGUGACAAACGACAUUGCCGGUUUCCAAAACCGCCUGGGCCUCUUCUUCUUUAUCCUCUCCCUCUUUGGCUUCUCGACGCUGACUUCGCUCGGCCUGUUUGCAGAGGAGAGGGCUCUCUUUGUCCGGGAGCGCGCAAACGGCUACUACUCUCCCAUUACCUACUUUUUCUCCAAGCUCAUCUUUGACGUCUUGCCGCUUCGCGUCAUCCCGCCGUUCAUCCUGGGAGGAAUCGUCUACUUCCUCGUCGGACUCUUGCCCUCCGUAGCAGCUUUCUGGUCCUUUAUCGCCGCGUUGGUGCUCUUCUCGCUGGCCGUUAGUGCAGUGGUGCUCUUUAUCAGCAUCUCCAUCAAGGACAAGGGCGUUGCAAACCUCGUAGGAAGCCUCGUCAUGCUGGCCGGCAUGGUGUCUAGCGGAUUUUUGGUCAAUCGCAACUCCACACCUUGGUGGUUGCAGAAAGCUUUUGGCGUCAGUCCUUUCAGGGCAGGAUUGGAAGUGCUGCUCAUCGUACAGGUCAAGGAUUUGACCCUCAAAGAACACCGCUACGGCGUUGAUGUCGAGCUGCCUGGCGCGACCAUCUGUGAGUGCCAUUCGUCGCACGCUCUCCGAGCACACUCGUUCGCUAAUCGCACAUGCGUGCGCAAACAUUCACUACAGUGUCGGCAUUCGGCUUCGAUGCUCAAGCGCUGUCUUUUGACAUGUCUGCUCUAGCAGGCUGGACCAUCUUUUUCUGGUCAGCUUCUCUCACUUGGUUGAUAUUGUACACCAAGGAGAGAAAGUAGCGCUGGCCACUCAUUCUGAUCAUCCUGCAAAUGCCGAUGCCGUAUUGUUCCCCCCUUUGCGCUCACG